GGGCGGGCCUCUUCCUCUGGCCCGCCCCUGUCUGUUGCGACCUCCGCGCGCCAAAAUCAAAUUUCAGACUUGCAGCGGCGGAGCCUGCGACGGGUGGCAUCCAGCCGAGGGUCGUGCCACACUGGCCCGCGGCGAGUGUCCAGCGCUCACACCUGUGGCACCUCACCGCCCUGCCUUCCCGACGUGCUCGAGGCCGCCGCCGCAGGAGGAAUGGCUACCCCGCCCAAGAGGAGCUGCCCGUCUCCUGCGACUAGUUCUCAGGGAACCCGCAUCAAGAAAAUUUCCAUCGAAGGAAACAUCGCUGCAGGGAAGUCAACAUUUGUGAAUAUCCUUAAGCAAGUCUGUGAGGAUUGGGAAGUGGUUCCUGAACCUGUUGCUAGGUGGUGCAAUGUUAAAAGUUCUCAAGAUGAAUUUGAGGAGCUCACAGCAUCUCAGAAAAGUGGUGGGAAUGUUCUUCAGAUGAUGUAUGAGAAGCCUGAACGAUGGUCUUUUACCUUCCAAUCAUAUGCCUGCCUCAGUAGAAUAAGAGCUCAGCUUGCCUCUCUUAAUGGCAAGCUCAAAGAUGCAGAGAAACCUGUAUUAUUUUUUGAAAGAUCUGUGUAUAGUGACAGGUAUAUUUUUGCAUCUAAUUUGUAUGAAUCUGACUGCAUGAAUGAAACAGAGUGGACAAUUUAUCAAGACUGGCAUGACUGGAUGAAUAAGCACUUUGGCCAAAGCCUUGAACUGGAUGGAAUCAUUUAUCUUCGAGCCACUCCAGAGAAAUGCUUGAAUAGAAUAUAUUUACGGGGAAGAAAUGAAGAACAAGGCAUUCCUCUUGAAUAUUUAGAGAAGCUUCACUACAAACAUGAAAGCUGGCUUCUGCAUAGAACACUGAAAACCAACUUUGAUUAUCUACAAGAAGUACCUAUAUUAACACUGGAUGUUAAUGAAGACUUUAAGGACAAACAUGACAGUCUGGUUGAAAAGGUCAAAGAAUUUUUGAGCACUUUGUGAUCUUGCUGAAGACCACCAUAGACAGACAAGUGCUUCCAGAUACUUCAUAUUUUUGUGUCUUCGUAGGUCCAUAUUGAUACAGGUCUCAUUAGAAAGCCUAAGAUUUUAGCCAUUUUUGUUUAAAAGUUUAUAACCUUUUUCUUAAUUUUUUUGGGGGUCUGAAAAAAAAAUUUAACAUUUUUCACAAUAAGAAUUCUGGAAAUGUAGAUAGUUCUAGAAUCAGUAUAAAGACAAAGCUACACCAUAGAGGACCCAGUAUCUUCCUGUCAUUCUCCUCAGCAGGUUAGCAUAUUUUUCCUGUUAUUUUUUAUGCUGAUGACUGGUUUCUUAACUGGAAACUUUAAUGUUACAUAGUUUGGUGAUGUUUCCUGUGUAAGUUAGUGCACCUGUUAAAAGUUGAAAAGAAUCCCUGAAAAGUAUUUUAAAAUUUUAAGUAUUUUUGCUCUGGUUUCUGUCUUAAUUUAUAUGAAAGUUAAGACAGGUUUAAUAUUUAAUAGCAUCACUAGUAUUUAUUAGUGUUUCUAUAGCACAGUUAUAGAGGAGCAGGUUAGACUUUGUUCCAAGUUUGUAAUAAUGUAUCAGUGGGUCAUUUAACUUUUUUUCCCUCCCUUUUUUUCUACAACUGUGGUAUGUAUAAAAUUCUUAUCCUUUGGCAGGAGAUUUUUGGGAAUUAAAAAGAAAUGAUUCUAUACUUAAAAGAUAAUAGUUAAUGUAUGAGUAUAAAGAUUCACUUAACAUGGAAUUUAAAAUAACUACUUGGCUUUUUCCCUUCUCAGACCAUUCUUUUAGAAUUGAAUAUGUCAUGUGGUUAAAAGAUUGGUUUAAACUGUAAUUGCCUUUAAAUGAUUUGAAAUGGAAAUAUAGUUUUCCCUAACAUUCUUCCCAUUUUUAUGGGUAAUUUUAAUAGAACAUAUUGAGGGACAAGUUUUUUCCAUUUUAUUCUCUAUUCACCCUGAUUGCCGAGUAGUUUACCUUUAAUACUUGGUGAGAAUGCAAAAGAGAAACUGAAGACAAAAUAGAUUAUCAUCUUGGGCAAUUUAGUUUGUUUAGUCUCAACUAUGUCCAUUUUUGUCCUUUUCUUACUAUUAACUAAGCAGUCACAUAUUUUAAAGUUUGAAUAAGUGGCACCUAUUUUAUUAUGCAAAUAUCACUAUCAUUCUUCAUUUUGUACUUUGCUUCUCUUAAGAUAACUCCCCUUUAAGACAAGUUGCUUAUAAAAAUGGUAUUGCUUUGUUAGUAUCUUAAAAGCAUUAUCUCUUUUUGUUGAAUAUAUGUUAAGAAAUGUAUACAUAUA